UCGUAUACCACGCACGCCUGGUCAAAGAUCAGGGGAAUGCCCUGAGUGACAGGUGGCUCAGGCGUAAAGAGGAACUUACCAGAGACCGCAACAUGCAGCAUGUGACGUCACAGACAUAAAGCAUGGAAAGCAUAUCAAAAUAUUUGCCAUUUAGCUGGUUUAGCAGGCAAUGUCAAAUAGGCAGCCGGCCGCAAACAGCAAAUUAGCAGGCAUUUACAGAAACGCAACCGAAUCGAAAAUGGGAGGAAGGUGGUGGCUCGGGGGAGGAGUGGUGGCCAGGAAAGCCAAUGUGAAGGGACACUCGACACCAAACCGCAGGAGCAGCAGCAACAUCGCGACCAACGACAGUGUCCAUUCUGGCAUACUGUUAUUUGUGCUGACAGCGCUGACACUAACGAGCUUAAUAACGCCCACAGAGCAGCUGACAGUGGCGCCAAAUGGAACCACUGUCCAGCAACUGGAGUCCGUGGAAUCGGAAUCGGCCUCAUCGUAUCCACCGAUGGCGGCGGAUGACUACAACUACAACUACAGGCCCGUGAAUGGCAGUCUGAAUGGCACAAUAAUGGCGCCCAACGCGCGUCCCCACCUGAACCACAAACAGCGGUUGCCGCAGGACAAUGGCAGCCACUAUUUGGAGUACGACGAUGAGGGGCCAGACUGCUCGUACAGCUACAACUUCAUCCUGAAGCUUAUCACGAUGAUCCUGUACGCCCUGGUAUGCAUAAUCGGUCUGUUCGGCAACACACUGGUCAUCUAUGUGGUGAUGCGUUUCUCCAAAAUGCAAACGGUGACCAACAUAUACAUCCUGAACCUGGCCAUCGCCGACGAGUGCUUCCUGAUUGGAAUACCCUUCCUGCUGUACACCAUGCAGGUGGGCAACUGGUCCUUCGGCAACUACAUGUGCAAGGCCUACAUGGUGAGCACCUCGAUCACCUCGUUCACUUCAUCGAUCUUCCUGCUGAUCAUGUCGGCGGAUCGCUAUAUAGCUGUAUGCCAUCCCAUAUCCUCGCCCCGCUACCGCACGCCCUUUGUGUCCAAACUGGUUUCGGCCUUCGCCUGGAUGACCUCCGUGCUGCUGAUGCUGCCCGUCAUCCUCUUCGCCAGCACUGUCCAAUCCAGCAACGGCAAAGUGUCCUGCAACAUCGAGUGGCCCGACACCCAGAACUCGCACACCGACUCCACCUUCAUACUCUACUCCCUCGUCCUGGGCUUCGCCACUCCGCUGACCUUCAUCCUGGUCUUCUACUGCCUGGUGAUCCGCAAGCUGCACACCGUGGGACCCAAGCACAAGUCCAAGGAGAAGAAGCGAUCGCACCGGAAGGUCACCAAACUGGUGCUCACGGUAAUAAGUGCGUACAUAUUUUGCUGGCUGCCCCACUGGAUUUCUCAGGUGGCUCUGAUCAGCUCGGCCCCGCAGCGGUGUGCCUCUCGUCUGGAGCUGGCCGUCUUCCUGGCCUGCGGAUGCCUCAGCUACUCGAACUCGGCCAUGAACCCCAUUCUGUACGCCUUCCUCAGCGACAACUUCAAGAAGAGCUUCAUGAAGGCCUGCACAUGUGCGGCGCGGAAGGAUGUGAAUGCCCAGCUGCAGCUGGAGAACAGUUUCUUUCCCAAGUUCGGCAAGGGCAGGCAAUCGGAGCGACUCCUCGGGGGCGGCGGAAAAGGUGGCGCCCAACGUGGGGCAUUGGCCAAGAAGAAGGCCUUGGCGGCGGCCAGAAACAACAAUGCCCCGAUGGCCACGGCAACCACCACGACAACGACAACGGCGGGCACGGAUGCGGUGACCUGUAUCCAGCCGGCGAUGCAACAAAUUCAGCCCGCGGAGAUCCAGGUGGGAAAUCCGGCCACCGUGCUGGUGGUCAACGCCGAGACCAACAACUGUAAGCCCCCCGUGCUCCACACGGACUUAUAAGACCGGGCUCCCUCGAUGCCCCUGGAAACGGUGGUGUUCAUCGCCCGGAGGUGAGAUCUCCGGAGAGAAGUGGAGCUGGAAAUGGUCAUGGAUUGUGGGCUAAGAAGGCAGUCAGAGUGCUUGCUGUAGGCUAAGCAUUCACUAAAAUGAUAUUGAUAUUUUAUACCAUUAGGGCAGAGCUAUGCGGAAACGGGAAAAUAUAACACAAUUUGUAAAAGGAAUCUCAGCAACCGGAUAAUUACAGAAAAAGUAAAAAAUUAAAUGUGAUUUUAUAACACAGAAAGUUGGCCUGACAAAAUAGCAUCUGCAAUCUAGUUAAAUAAAUUUUCUUUUUUAUUAAUUUACUUUAUUUAAAAAAUUAAUUUG